CGCUAUUGAUCGUACAACAUUAUGGAAUACAAAGCCUUCCUUGAUACUACAAUACUUCAAGAAAAACGACCGGUCACUUACCGAUCUUUAGCCAGAAGUCAAAAUAUACAUGUCAAUGUUGCAAAACAAGCUUUAUACCAUUAUACCACUGUCGAGUCAAGUGCUGUUGCCAUCUAUUGUCUUACUGGUACUCUUGCUGACAAUACUUUAUCCGUUCGAUUGGUGAAUCAAGCUGAUCUCCAAGAAAUGAAGAAAAGAUAUCGUCAAAUCACUGGUAUUCAUGUGUAUAGUGUAUUACCUUAUGAUCCCAAGGAUCUUUCUGUUUUGGUAACAACUAAUACGGAUAUGGUGACUAGUUCUCUUGACGAUAAAAUCAAGAAUGGGUUGAUACAGAAUAAGUCACUGAAAAUUAUAAAUAACACAUCUUCCACCACCACUCCUGCCGCUACACAACCACCUUCUGUUAGUAAGAAGGAACCAUCUACUGCUCCAGUCUCAUCUUCCACUACCAAAAAGCCUGCACCAGCUGCAACAAAACCAGUUACUCCAAGCAAACGAAAGGGAACCUUAUCUUUUGCAAAGGCUAGUAGUCAACCUAAGAAACAAGCUGUGGAGGCACCAAAGACAUCACCUUCUUCAACAUCUCAACCGCGCAAGGUCAAAACAAUUCAAGAAUCUGAUGAUGAUGAAUCUGAGGAUGAAGAAGAACUUGAUGCAAGAUUAGCCAGGUCUGCCAAGAUCGAAGUGGAUGACAUAUUCAGCGAUGAUGGUGAUGAUGAUGAUGAAGCCAUGACAGAUACUGGUAAGGAAGAUAACGCCGAAGAUAAAGGAGCACCGUCACCGACUAUGGAUGUUGAUGAAGAAAACGAAACAACAGCGGAUAAAGCAUCCAUUUCAAGCAAGUCAGAUGAAGAGGAAGAUCAGCAACAGGAACAAGUAACUACACCAGGCAAGGUACGACGCAAGGUGCAAAAGAAGAAAACCUACAAAAAUGAACGUGGAUUCUUAGUGACAGAAGAUGUUUGGGAAUGGGAAGAAGUAGAUGCCGAUGAAGUACCAAAGACGAGUGCUCCUUCACCAAAGAAAACCCCACCAUCCACUCCAUCAAAAAAGACCUCUGGACAACAAAAAAAUCUGUUGAGCUUCUGGGGUAAACGAUAGAUAUUAAUUUAGUUUUAUUAGUAUAUUCUGUAGAAAAAAAGAA